AUGAUCAUUUGGGGAAAAAUCGAGGAUGACUAUCCCACGACAAGAACAGCGCUGGUAGAAAGCUUGGACACCAACUACAACGGGAUAGCAGUAGGAAAGACACUAGUCACGAUUGGGAAAGACCAAAAGGUACCCGUGAGGAUUGUGAACCUCGGCACAGUAGAGAAACAUUUACGGGAAGGUAGCAUCAUCGCUGGUUGCCAUGCUUUAGAGAUGAUACGAAACUGCAGCAGUGAAAAUCCCGACGGAACACUCAUGCCCAGUGAACCACAGGUUACUAAACUUCUGGCAGAAGUCAAAACGAUCUUGUCAAAGGAACAGUACACCAAAGCAGAACGAUUCCUCAGAGAGUUCUCCGACAUAUUGCCAUCUGAUGAAAUGGACUUUGGGCGAACAAACCUGAUCCAGCAUCGAAUAGACACAGGAAACACUAGGCCCAUCCGACAACAACCACGUCGCCUGCCGCUAGCAAAACACCAAGAAGCUAUGGACAUGAUAGAACGGAUGAGGCAGCAGGGGGUUGUUGAACCAUCCAACAGUCCGUGGUGUUCACCCAUCGUCUUGAAGAAGCGUCAAGUACCUUGGGCACAUCGUGUCAAAGGAGGGAGUCAGCACAGACCCGGACAAAGUUGA